UCGAUAGAUCUGAUCUCACAAUUGGAAUCCGAUCUAGCCUUGAUGCUUCAAAUUAUGACAUCCUCAUUACACUUUUUAACGCAUAGAAGUGCACAUGUUCAAAUUAAUAACGUCAUUCCAUUAUUUCAACCAACAAAUCUGGCACAAUCUCAUGCGGCAAAUCACUUAAUCGAUGCAGAAACAAUGUCGGAAAAUAUAGAUGAAUUAACGGAUGAUUUAGUAUUAAAAGCAAAAGAGAUGGAAUCAUUACUACAGCGGUUACCUAAACAAACGAAUGAAGAUCAAGUCAAACGAGAGCUUGAACAGAUUGAUGAGGAAAUGAGCGUUGCUAAUCAAGAAUACAGAGAUGCCUUACGCGAUGCA